CCAGCUUAUUUCCCAUUCAGCCCCAAACCAAUUUGGAUAGAAUGUUUUACAAACUACUUUUUUUCAUUCUUGCUCUCCCGGUCAGAGGCUCACCCGCAAAAUCACCGAGCCUUAGACCAUGGAGUACUUUUGAUCAAAAGGUUAUAUUUCAACCAGAUAGCAGCCACGCUGUUAUCUAUCCAAGACUCACGGAAUUAUCUGAUGGCACAAUUCUUGCAACAUCGGCAUAUUCCGGAAACCACCCUCCGUUCUUCCCCAUAUUUGCUAGUGAAAAUGGCGGUGCGACGUGGGAAUGGCGGAGCAAUUUGACCGACCAGGUCAAUGGCUUGGGCUUUGGAUCCCAGCCUGCUCUGGCUGAACUCACUUUUGACAUUGGACGCUUUAAAGCUGGAACUGUGCUCGCCAGCGGGAACAGCGCUGGCGCCAAUGGUACAAAUAUUGACUUAUACGCCAGCUUCAACAAAGGCAAAACAUGGCAGUUUAUCAGCAACGUAGCCAGAGGAAGUGCUCCGAGUACGCAAAACGGAAACCCUUGUAUUUGGGAGCCUUUUAUUCUCCCCUUUAAUAAUACAGUGGGCGUAUUCUAUUCUGACCAGAGAGAUCCCUUGCAUGGCCAGAAGCUUUCUCAUCAAGAGUCGACGGAUCUUGAGCAUUGGGGCGAUGUCAUAAACGACGUCGCUUACCCGCUCUAUACUGAUCGUCCUGGAAUGACCGUCAUUGAUUACGUCCCGCCACUGAAGAAAUGGAUCUUCGUUCACGAGUUCCCGGGCGGCGACUCGUGGUCUGGUGCCGGAUACCCCGUUUACUACAGGCUUUCGGAUAGUCCCUUUGAGUUCCGAUAUGCCUAUGGCUAUCCCAUUGUCGUCAACGGCGUACAGAGCCCAGCAGCAGUCCAUAUGUUCGUGUUUACCAAUCGAGCAAACGGCCAGCCGGAUCAAUGGGAGGAACACAAUACUCCUCAGCCAAAAGCUUACAGCCGUGCCCUCCAUAUUUUUAAGAAGUACCCCAAUCACCUGAUGAUCCUCGGGGCUGGCAAUUAUCAGGGUGUUGACCCCCCGGGAACUAAUAGGCCACUGUAUGCAAGCGUUGUGGACGUGACAAAUAUGCUGCGGAGCCCUCCAGGAGAUGGAAAUGCCUAG